GUUGCGAGAAUGCAAGUUGAAGUACUUGCGUUGUGACACUGUAGAACGUAGUAUACGAGGUAUAUAAAUCUGCAGUCAUCUUGAAAUUUUGUGAAAUAUAUAAAUUAUAUUACUUAUAAGUAUAAUUUUUUCCAGAUAUUCAAGUACAUUGGAACUAUAUUUUAUAUUUUCAAACACGUUAAUUCCCUAUGUUGCAAGUGGUGCAAUUUCGUAGGAUACCGUUCAUGCAGUCUUUUUGGAGAACUUUGCAAUGAGCUUACAGAAAGGAAAAUAUCAACUUGUAGCUCCCAAUAUUCAACAUCAGCAAAGAGGAACUCACAACUUGCAGCCAUGUGGACAGACACCACCACAACUUGGAAGAGAAGACUUUGUUAGACCACUAGUGCCUUAUCCACCUCAACACCAGGCAUUCCGACAGCACAUACCCGGACAUACAUCCGUUUCAAGUGGUAACCCUCAUGACAUGAGUAAGCCUGGACCUCUACCCACGCAGGGUGUUCCAUCUGCAGCACUUUCAUACCACCCUCAAUUGCCUCAACCAGGCAUGCCCACUUCAGCUGUUAAUGGAACAGGAGUAUUACCCCAACAUCAGGGCCAGCAGAUUCCAAGACCUCAAGCUGGAUUUACGGCAUUCUACCAUCCAUCCUCACGGCAGAGUGCAUCGAUUCCUGUACACACCAUGCCUCGACAAAACAUGACUACGAUGAACACAAACCCACCAGCACUGAACCAUACACAAAUGGGAGUUAUUUAUUCUGGAAAUCCGAACUUUGGAUCCCCCAUGGCUCAUCAACAACUACUGAUGCAGAGUCCAGUACCAGCUGUUUCUUAUCAUCAUCGACCUCAACAGUAUGCAGCUCCCCAGUAUUCCAUGCCAAAUGCUCAUCAGCAUGUAUUUUUGACAGCUGGUAACCCUCAGUAUGCUUACAACCCACAGAUGCACCAACAGUGUCAAUACUACUAUUCAGUUGUUCCAUCUAUGAUGGGACCCCCACAGCUAACAAUGCAACCGGCGCCCCCUAAUGUGGUUGGUUGUACAACUACGAGAGAAAAGAAGAUUAUUCGAUUGCAGGAUCCAAAUACAGGGCAGGAUUUAACAGAAACAAUUUUGAAUAGUAAAAGAACUCAAAAUACUCCAAGUGAUAGUCCAGAAAAAAGCAUCAUUGCACAAUUUGCAACCCAGGUUGCUGCAGCAGCUACUUCUGUAACCCCUAGAAAAGAGCCAACACCUUCUCCAAACUCAUUCCAAGUAGAAUCUGUAACAAAUAUGGUAAAUAUUGGUGCACCCAAAGACAUGUUGAUGGUUGAUAGUCAACCUAUGAAUUUAGUUACAAACCAUGUUAGUGAUUCAGACAUUUCUCUUAGUACUCCAUUAGAAGUUAAUAAAAGUGUUUUUGUAUCUAGUACAAUUUCAAAGGAUAGUAGUAACCAUAGACCCUCAACUGAAGCAUCUGUAUCUUCUUUGGCUGAAAUUCCAAAUGAGAAAGCAGAACGGGCUGAUCCUGCCAAAUCUGAAUCUAUAGUUAAUAAACAUGAUAUUUGUUUGGAGAAAAUUGUUACAUCCGAAUCUGAUGAUGAUAUAAAUAAAGGUGUAGCAUCCAGAAAAGCUGACAUUCCCAUUGAUCCAGCUAAUGGUCCACAAAAAGAAAUGCAUUCAGAAAGCUGUGCUUUUAUUAGUGUUAAUGGUGAAGAAUUGUUUGAAUCUACAAUCAGUGAGACGGUUGUGCAUUUAAAAACAAACGUGGAAACCCAAACGCCAUUUAAAGACGAUUCUAAUGUUAAGGAGGGUUCACUAGUUGAAAGAAAACUUUUCUCAGAAGGUAAACAAAAGUUUACAGAAAGUGCAAAAAUUAUUCCUGGUGAUAAAGUUCACAUAGAAGUUAAACCAGAAGAAGAAAAGAAAAGGGAUGUAGAUUCCAUUAAAUCAAAGCUUCAACAAUCUCAGGAAAAUGGAGAUAUCUCAUAUUUACCAAAUACCAAUUUAUAUGGAGGAGAAAAAGGACCUGAUGCAAAGGAAUCCAAGAAAGCUCGAGGCAAGAAAAAAGUGAGAGAACUGAAUAGGAAAGGAGAUAAUAAAGAAGGUGGAGAAAUGGAUGCCUAUGUAGACAAGCAGGUUGAUGCUAAGCCAGUAAUCACGACAGUUCAAGAAUCUGUGGCAUCAGUAAAAAGCCAAGUGUCUUCCUCAUUGCCUGUACCAGCUGGCUCCACAAAAAUUAUUAAUGAUGUCAAGGUUGAGCCAUCAUGCAACGAUCUAAAUUCAGAACCACUUAUAAAGACAUCGAUAGUAGAACCCGCAGUUUCAACAUUUAGCCAAGUGUCUUCCACAUCUUCUGUUUCUUCGCUGGCCUCCUCAAUUUCAACCACUGAUAACAAAUUGGAGCUAUCCGAGGUAGAAAGAAAAGUUGCAGAGAAGAAUGAAGAGAACAUAAGAGUGUCACAAGAAAGAGAGAAUGAAGUGGAAGGAAAAGAUAUAUCUGAAUUAGAACUUCCCAAAGAAGAGAUUAAACUGAAGUAUACAUACCAAGAAGACCAGUGGAGCCCAUUGAACCUGGGGGGUAAGAAGCAAUAUGAUCGUACCUUCUUACUUCUGCUGCAGUCUCAGCAAUGCAAGAAACCUCAAGGUUUGCCUGAUCUCGACAUCAUCAAAGAUAAGAUGCUUCAAAAUAAGUUACCAGAUAUCAAUUUAAGACCCCCACCACUCCAAGCACGGAAUCAUCCAGAUCCAUUUGUUCCACUAUUCGCACGAACUGGCUCACCUCGUCCGCCUCCUGGUGGAAUGGGUCGGAGGGCUAGUCAACCCAGUAGUGAAAAACCAAAAAAAAUUAUUAGCAUCUCCACAUCACUUAAUAAGGAUGUUAGACUUCAUGAAGCACAAAAUGCAUGGAGACCAUCGCAUAAAGGUUCUAAGGAGGCUGAUCCUGAAGAUGUCAAGACUCAGGAACUGUACAAACGAUUGAAAGGCAUACUAAACAAGCUUACACCACAGAUGUUCCAGCCGUUAGUCAGAAAGAUAUUUGAGUUACAGAUAGACACUGAAGAUCGAUUAAUUGGUGUGAUUGACUUGGUUUUUCAAAAGGCUAUUGAUGAACCCAGCUUUAGUGUGACGUAUGCCAACUUGUGUAAAAACCUAGCUUCGAUUCAAGUAUCCUCAGGAACUGGUCACCAAGUUAAGUUUAGCAAAUUAUUGUUAAUUAAAUGUCAGCAAGAGUUUGAAAAAGAUGUUGAUGAUUAUGUCAAUAAGAAUGAAUACAUGAAGAAGAUGAAGGAAGCAGAAACGGAAGAAGAGAAAAAGCAGUUGCAAGAAGAUUUAGAAGAAGAAGAAAAGAAGGCAAAGAGACGCUCUUUAGGAAACAUAAGGUUUAUUGGUGAAUUGUUUAAACAAAAUAUGCUGACCCCCAAAAUCAUGGAUGGUUGCAUACAACGUCUUCUUCGUCAAGGAGAUGAAGACUCGUUAGAAUGUCUUUGUCGGCUUUUGACCACUGUUGGAAAAGACUUAGAAGGUGAAAAAGGAAAAAAUAAAAUUUGGACUCAACAGAUGGACAACUACUGUCUCACAAUGAGAGAUAUAAUAAAGAAAAAACUUACUUGCCCCAGAAUAAGGUUCAUGUUGCAAGAUGUCCUAGAACUUCGACAGAAAAACUGGAUACCGAGGAGAGAUCAGAAUAACCCCAAGACAAUUGACCAGAUCCACAAAGAAGCUCAGAAAGAAGCUCAAGAGCAGCAGAUGUUACUGCAGCAGGUGAUCCCUCAUAAGAGACCCGAAGAUAGAGAGAGGAGAAAAAGUCGUGGCAACACACCAUAUUCAGAAGAUGGUUGGAAUACAGUUUCAAACAAGCACAGGAUUCAGAUUGAUCCUAAUAAGAUAAAACAAUUAGCUAAGAAUCAGCAGAACACCGAAAACAUCCAGUUAGGCCCAGGGGGUAGGUCCUUCACCAGCUGGGGUCGAGGUAGUAGUGGUGGUACUAAACAAACAUCUAAAGAUAAUGAGCCAAAAGUCCCUGUACCGUCUAAUAGGUUUUCAGCUUUAGCCGGUGACCAAACUACUUGUACUGAUUCUAGAAGAACUUCUCAAAGAUCAGCAGCUUCAAGUAGGGAAUCCAGUAGAGGUCGUACUAGUCAACUUCCACCUCCAGGACUAAGAAAGACGCCUUCUCAAACACUACCAAGAGAGAAGGAACAAUUAAUAGAAAUUACUAUUAAUAAAGAGAAACCUAGAACUGAGCCUAAGAAACUGAAGGAACAAGCUCCGACGUCCCUAGGCCUCACACUAAAUGGUGGACCUUUAAAUGAUGAAGAGGUUGAAAGACGCACCAAACACUUAAUUGAUGAAUUUCUUCAUCUUCAAGAUUUUAAGGAAGCCAUGCAUUGUGUUUCUGAAGUAUUUUCUUCAUCUACCGUUAGUCUAUUUAUUUUUUUCGCUUUUAAUCAAGUCCUUGAACGAUCUAGUCAGGCUCGCCAUUUGGUGGGUCAGCUCUUUCAUGACUUGGUUCGAAAAAACAUGAUUACUGUCGAGCAGUACGUCCAAGGGCUGAAGUCCAUCCUACAGUUAGCUGAUGACUUUGAGAUAGACAUACCAAAAAUUUGGUUGUAUCUAGGUGAAAUCAUAGCCCCCAUGGUCCAGGAUGGAAGCAUAUCUCUUGUUUUUCUUCAAGAUGCAGCUGAACCAUGUAUAGCUAGUGGUACGGCAGGAAUUCUCUUGUCAGAGGUGCUCCAUGUAGCUGUUGAAAAGCUGGGAUCCCUUAAAGUGGGUGAAUUGUGGAGAACUUCUGGAAUGCAGUGGAAAGACUUUCUAAAGCCUGGUCAGGAUGUUGACACAUUUAUUCAAACUCAUAAGUUACAGUUUACAGUAAAGGACAAUGAAGUACUGCCUGACACCUCCCUUUCCAUUGAUGACAUAAAGCGAGAACUUGACUUCCUUCUUCAGAAGAAGAAAGCUAAUAAUGAAGAAAUUCUUGAUUGGAUAGAGGCCCACAUUGGAGAGAGAAAAAGCAAGGACACCCAUUUCAUUCGUGUGCUCGUCACUGCUGUCAUAGAAAGUUGUAUUGAAGGAGACCAGAACAGGUGUGAAUUGAAUGCAAAAACUGUUGCUUUGAGGACUACUGUACUUCAACGUUAUCUUGACCACAAAGAGGAGCUGGAACUUCAAGCACUUUAUGCAUUACAAGCUCUUGUGCACAGGUUAGAACAUCCUAAAGGUCUCCUGCGCUUAAUUUUUGAUGCCCUCUAUGAUGAGGAUUUAAUAUCUGAUGAUGCCUUUACCCAAUGGCAGAAGAGCGAUGAUCCAGCCGAAAAAGAAGGGAAAGGUGUGGCUCUAAAGUCAGUAAUGUCAUUUUUUACCUGGUUAGAGGAAGCUGAGCAAGAAUCAGAAGACUCUGACCCAGAGUCUUGAAAUAGUAGAUUAAUUAAAUUAAUGCAAAAGUAGUGAUUUUUUUUUUCUUUUGUCGGGAAAACUGUGGGGAUAAUGUUUUGUAAAGAAAAAAGUUGACCUUUAUUAAACCUUUCUCAUGUGUUGAAUAAUAAUGCAAAUAAAGUUUGUUGGCUAAGAAAGGAAACCAAAUACAUAUAUAGCCACUCUGUUCUAUAUUAUGGUCAGUAUUUAUGUUCAGUACAUCAAACGCCGUGGAUGCAUAACAAACACUUACUUAUUUUUGUACUGUUAUGAGAGCUUUUUUAUAGGCAUGGAAAAAAAAAGAAGAAAAGAUUCAAACAGUGAAAAUUAUUUAUUUUAUUUUUUUGUGUUAUGUCUCGUGGAAAUAUUAAGUUAACACAAGAAUCGUUAAAAAUAGAAUUAUGGAAAAUUGAUACUUUGUAAGUCAAUUUAUUUAAUAUUUGUAAAUUAUUCUCUAUUCAAUGAGUACUUUUGUUUGUCACAUUUUUUUUACUUUAGACAAUGAAAUGUAGUCGUGCUUAACCCUGUUUGCUGUAUGCUUAAUGUAUGUUUACAGAACUGAAACUGAUCACUAAAAGGUAAACACUUUGUUUAAUAAAAACGUGUGUUCGUGUAGAUUUCAUUAGCAACCAAUCAUCUUUCUUUUUUCUACUAAAGAAAAUUUGUCAAGUAUAAAUUACACUUUCCAUGUACUAUUGUUAUUUGUUCUUAUUGUUCUGUCUUUAAUGUGCUGGGAUAUGUGGUCUGUCAAAUGUUUGAUACGUUGGUAGUUUAUAUAUAAUUCUAUUCUGAAACAACAACAUAUAGAAAGUGGGAGUGGACAUCAUGUACUAAUAGUGUAUGUACAUAAUUUUGACUCUCCAUUGUUGUUUGUGAAAUAAUAAAUUGAUACAGUGUAAACAUA